GCCCGGCCCGGCGCCGCCAUGGUGUCCUGGAUCAUCUCCCGCCUCGUGGUGCUCAUCUUCGGCACCCUCUACCCCGCCUACUCCUCCUACAAGGCCGUGAAGACGAAAAACGUGAAGGAAUAUGUGAAGUGGAUGAUGUACUGGAUUGUGUUUGCCUUUUUCACCACUGCAGAAACACUCACAGACAUUGUCCUUUCCUGGUUUCCUUUUUAUUUCGAGCUGAAAAUCGCAUUUGUGAUUUGGCUGCUCUCCCCUUACACCAAGGGCUCCAGUGUCCUCUACAGGAAGUUUGUGCACCCAACGCUCUCCAAUAAGGAGAAGGAAAUUGAUGAAUACAUUACUCAGGCUCGUGACAAGAGCUAUGAAACCAUGAUGCGAGUUGGCAAGAGAGGGUUAAACCUUGCUGCCAAUGCAGCAGUUACUGCAGCUGCAAAGGGCCAGGGAGUUUUGUCAGAGAAGCUGCGAAGUUUCAGCAUGCAGGAUCUCACUCUAAUCCGAGAUGAAGAUGCUCUACAUAUGCAAAGCCAUGAGCCACACCUGCACCCAUCUGGUGGCAGUCUUCUUGAAACCAUUGAGGAUUCAGCUUCCUGUUACUCCUCAGGAGAGGAGAGCAGCGUGGCACAGAGGUCUAAUGGAACUCCGUCAGAGACUAGAACAGACCCAUCAGAUGAAGAUGCAGGAGACAAACUUCCUAAACGUACCCAGAGUGUCAAAACUCCUAAGAAGAUGACAAAAGCUGAGCUUCCAGCACGAAGUGUGAAAGCCCGCCCUAAGAAGAAAGCUGCUCUUGCUUCUGGCGAGUCAUCAUAAGGAGACCUCCCUCUCCCCAGCACCUGUCUCCAUCCCAGGAUUUGCCUGUUACUUUUGAGGGGAAACUCCAAAGAAAGGGAGCUGAGAUUCAUUACAUAACAGAUGCUGCUUUGUAGAGCUCAUUCCAAGGCAAGGGUGAGACUGGGAUUCAGAAAAUGUAGGGGAUACACAUCCUCCGGAAUUCUCUCCUUUUUGUCCCUCUGUUGGAGGGAAUGCUGAUAUGUCUGUACAUAACCUGUUGCUUUGGAAUUCCCAAUGUAUAACCCUAGGUGGGAAGAAUCUUCCUGGAACAACUGACUAGGGUUAGAGACAUCCAUUGCACAAAAAGCUGGAAAAACUUUAGACACUGGAGUUCCACAGGGGUGGGUGGCUCCCUAAAAUGUCUUAUCCUGCUCUGGGUAUUCUGCAGCUGUGUUGUUAAGAGGUGCCCACCAUUAUUCAUCCUCUUUAUUUGUCAUGUGCAUCCCUUUGGAGAAGGUGACUGAAAUGAUGUAUGCUGAGUGCUUGAACGUAAAGGACUAGCUCAUGGGAGAAAAAAGCUAGAUUCCCAUUACUAGUACUGCAAGGUGAAGAGAUUGAGGGGGGUGUUUAUUUUUUUUCUGGAAAGUUAAUGAAGAUAAUUGAAAAACUGAAUAAUGAAGAAAGCAUGCUGUUAUAUGCACAUGUGAUGGAGUAGAUACAGGUAUCUGUAAGAGGUAACUAUUGAGAAGGAAAAUGGGGCAUCCGUAAGAUUUUGGCUCUUUUUGAAGCUGCUUGAAUUUUAUUUUGGGUCUGUUUGUUUUGACUCCUGGGAGAGCAGCAGAGUGAGGCAAGUCCUAAGCAGUGGGAAAAGUUGGCAGGGAGACUUGCUUUGCCAUGUAGUGGUUGAACUCUGUCAUCCUGAUGUUUGUUACUACAGACAAAUUCUUUCAUUCUAGAAGACAGGAAAGUCUGGCUCAAUUUAGUCUGCAGGCAUACUUGAGAAUUUCAGAAGCCCUUAUCACUCAGAUGUAGGAGAUCCGGGCUUCAGGGCACAAGAACUAGUAAAUACCUAGCUAAUAGAAGAAUUUCAUUAAUUCCAGGGUUCUGGGGGAUAAAAAGCAGGGAGUAGGGAACCAUACUGUGAUGAAUCAGUCCUGUUAUUUUAUCCUUCUGCAGCCCUUGCACAUAUUUCUGUCUGACCAUGUGCCAUAUUUAUAAAUGUCCUGAGAGUUGAGCAACAUGUAACACUUGGAGCAGAACUACACUGAACAUAGAAUGUGUAUCAUGGGAGUGAAAUUGCAGUACUGAAGAGAAAAUUUUCAUCAUGCCAAGCCAUCCUGGAUUCUCUGUGAUCUGUUGAACGUUGUUAAGGGGAGAUGCCACUUGUACGCGUGUCAACAGUAUCAAUGGGAACUUGAGAUGAGUAGGAUUACUGUUGAGAUCUAUAGUGGGGGAGUACUGUUACAGAGAUGGUUGUCUAAAUGAAUACUUGAUGGUCUUAGUCUUUACUGAAACUAAUUAUCAAGGGAACCUGAAUCCUCCAUCCCUAACUGAAGACCAGUCUUAGCUCUGGGUGCAGACAUUUGUGUUUGCCCGCAUCUUUUACUGUCACAUUUCUGAAAUUAUGGUGGAUUCUUCACAGAGCCUGGUGUUCUGCUGUUGACAACAUACAGAAGCACUUCUGCAAGUAACGUUACACAAAUAUUUCUGUCUUGAAGAAUAACCCUUCAAAAGUUUGUAAAUUUGAAGAUUAGGACUGAAUUUUUUUUGUUUCCCAUAGUCUUGGUGGCAGAUUGUUAUGAAUUGACUCAUUAUUUUAUGAAACCAAUUAAGUUGGAUUUAAUUUUAUUGUAGCUUUUAAAAAAUGAAGUCUUGACGGACCAAAACAUGCAUCUUCUCAAAAACAUUUGUCCUAAAUCAUCCACAAAGUCUUAUCCAGAAACCAGUAGAAAAUCCUUGAUUUGGCUUUGAGUUUUGAGUUUCACCGAAAAACAUUAUUUUGUUCUUUGUUAGCAAAUGUUGUAUACGUGUCUCACCAGUACAUGCAAAGGCAUUUCCUGAAGCAGGAAUUCUUUCUGUUGCUGAAGGAAAUUCUGCUCUUCAUACCAGGGAUAAAAAUCUUCGCUGUUUAUGUGGAAGAUCCAGUUGUUAGGCAUUGCUGUCCCACGUUUAGCUGUACUGAACAAGAUAGAACCAUUAUUGUCUAUAUAUCGAGUAUCUCUAUGACCACAUUUCUCGGGUAUUUUUUUAAAAUUAAAGAUUCUAUAGCAAAUUACUUACAUAAAUCAUUGUGAGGGGCUUGAUUUGGACACCAAGUAUUGGUUAGUCUCCCCUCAUGCUGAUCAUCCUGCCCUUCCUGUGUGCAUGUGUUGUCAUAGUCUCAGAUGAUUCGAUUUUCUUACAGUAACUUUCCAGAAUGUUUUUUAGAAUCAGUUCGUUUUUGGUAUCUUCCCUGAAGCACAGGGAGAAUUUCUUAAAACGGCAUUUUGGCAUUUGGAUUUACCUUUGUCGUCCUGAGCUAGUUCCUGUGCCAAGUGUCUUUUACUUAGCAUUGAUGCUUGAUGUCAUCAGUCAGUAGAUAAGUAUAGGUCAGUCUUACUCUCACUUUUCUUCUACUGAGGGGGUUAGUGACUUCUGGUUGUAAGAGAAGGUCUGGAGUAGAGUCAGGGACUACUGUCUAGUGUGUGAGAUGAAGCUGAUGAUUGAUGUUAAGCACCAGAACUUGCCCAGAGCAAGAACAGUGUCUUGGCACAGACACUAUUUUCUUCUUCCAGUACAAAUGUGACUGCUAGAUUGUGCUCUGCUUGAUCAAAGCUUCUGCAGAUCUCCUACCACCCAUGUGACCUCUUGGUGAGUUUCUAGAUACAGUUGUGCACUGGAUGACAUGGUCUUGCAUAGAAAUUCUCUUGUUAAUGAGAACGCUGAAUGUGCUGUUUUGAUAAAAUGCUUUUAUCAGCUGUUGUUCAGUGGUUUGAGCAGGAAAUGCUGGAAUGUAGUUUCUCUUCAGUGUUGUCUGUGGACUUCGUUGUGCAGUUAAGAAAAUGGUAAAAUCUUCACCAAGCAGUGGAACCCAUCGUGGUCAGUAGGUGUUUAUACCCCUGUCCUACUGUGUCUGGGCAUGGGGAGAAACGCAGUAAGAGUAAAAAUGGUACCUGAAGUUGGAAGAGAUGGGGGGUGUGGUGAUGGUGGUUUCUGUGUGUCAAACUUUUUGUGCCUAAAAAUAUCCUAAGAUACCUGUACCAUGAGAUACAAAGUGAAGGCAUGACUGCCUUUUGGAAAGAAAUAUUGUACCUCCACUCUUUAUAAUACUUGCAAGUGAGUGUUCUGCUACUGGAAAAUAGUGAAGUGUGGUUUCCCUUCCAAGAAAUGUAAUGAUUUGCUGCAAAAAGGCAAAAAUGUUUUCUAGCUUGGCAGGAUCCUCCAUGGUGAGUAAGAAAUACAAAAAUAUAGGGGUCACUAGUGUCAGUUUUUGAUCUCCACACUUCAACUAAACACCUUAAUUUCCUACUGUUCUUUAUCAAGUUUCUGAUUCUCCAGCCUUAAUGUUUCAGACUCUUGGGGGACUGAUCUAUUUUAGACUAGUUUAAUUUCCUUGGUAGGUAGAGGGUGUAUUGGAGGACUGCUGGUGUUCUUAAAACUGCAAAGCUUGUUCUGGGGAAGCUCCACCUUCCCCCAUUUCAGUGACUGAGUUCCAUUGAUUGGCUUUUUGCAGUGCUGGGCUUUUUUUUUAUAAACUCCCUCACAAUAUAUGGCCAAGUCAUCUCUGCUAAGAAAAGCACGAUUUCUAGAGAACCCCUUCUUUCCAGAAAUUGUUAUUUAUUCUUUGGCAUCUUAAUCAGCAGGAAAUAUAGUGCCUUGGGAGGAAAGUGGGAUAGCCAUGGAAUACUCUGCUAGUUCUCUGAUCUGCACAUAGCAUUGUAUCUAGGAAGCUUGCAUGUUAACUAUGAAGUUUCACUGUAUGCUUCAGAGAAGCUGUUGAAUUGAGCUGUUUUCCUGUCUGCCUUCCAAACUUGCAUAUAAUGCUGGGAAGUGUGGCUUGCUGCCUAGGAGAGAAGUCUAGGGGUAAAAAAAAGUAUUCUUAUCCUUCUUUCUGAUUGUCUAACUGAAUUGUCACAUCACUCUGCUACUUGCUGGGGAGAUGCGGAAUCACACCUCUCUGUGUGACUGGUCAGAACUAUUGCUUUCCUUGUUUAACCCCCUAAGAAUUUGUAAUGUGCCACCUGGCUGAAGCAUCUUGUGCUGCGUGCUUUCUGAGUUGCCCGUAGAGUCAGAUACGUGGAAAACCAGCAAACUAUUCUGAAGCUUCACAAGCUCACAGGGUUGUAGUCGUUGGAGUUGGAAGGAACCUGUGCGGGUCAUCUGGUUCAACUUCUCUGCUCACACUGGGCCGCCUAGAGCCAGUUGCCCAGGAGUCCCUGAGUGCUGUUUGUGGUUUGGAGCCUCCUGAAUUUAGUAUUGAAGAGCUGUUAUGUAUACAAGAACAUACACUCCAUGGGCAUGUGCUUUAGUGUUACUGAGAAGAAGGGAUUUCUGGUCACCUUUCAUCUGGAAUGUGGCACUAUUACAAGGUGCUGUAGACAUAGUGCCAAGUGAAGACAAUAAACCCGCAUAUUGGCUAAGAAUCUGUCGUGUGAGACAGAGUGGAAAUGGGCUGUGUACAGUACAGAGUUCUCCAGGAAACGCUGCUGACUUUCUGAUCCUCAAGCAAUACUUCCAACUCUGCAUUCUACAGAUUAGAGCCUGAUUUCUCCCUUAUAGCACCUCUCUCUGUGUGUCUUUCCUUUCUAAACUGGGCUUGAGCUUCAUGGAUUGAGAUUCUUGAACCUUUCAUUGCUUCAGAACAUAAAAGUUUGAGUUUUACUUCAGCAGGCAGCUGAUCUUCAGGGAGGCCCAGGUGAAUAUCAAGUAUCUCGCAUCAUUUUGCAGUAGAUGCGUUAUGUGGGGAAGCCAGCAGGGAGCUCCAGAGAAUGCAAACAGCUGGGAAAUCACUCCCCCUCCCCCCACUUCUGGAUGAAGCAAAUGCUGGACUUCACUAAGCUUAUUCACACAGCUAUCUAGAAUCUCAGAAUUCAAUGUUGGAAUUGCCAGUGCUCUAUUUCUGAUGAGAAUUGGAAUCAAAAUAAUAUGAAGUUAAAAGAAACAGUGGCAAAUUGGUGGGUUUUGUCUGCAAUUUUGUGGGUAAACUUAGGUCUUUGCUGCUUCUUCGUCUAAAACCAUCCUGUAAACCUCUUGCAAACCAACCUUCUUUUCUGUUUCUCAGCUCCUAUCCUUUCAUGACUUACGUUUCUUAUAUUUUCUCUUAUUAAACAAGGGACUAAUUCCAUUUUGCUGACUGGAGACAUGAAAAAUACUGUCUUUUAGAGCUGAAAUUUAGCCUUUUUUCCAUUAUUUAAUCCUGUGACCUAGAGUCAUACCGUGACUUUUACAACAAGGCCUAAGGCUGAAUUCCCUGGUGGAAUCUGAGCAUCUGUUACCAAUAGUGUAGUUUGGUGUAUUUUCCUUUUCUUGCAGAGGAUUCUGGCUGGAAUAUGUAUACUGCAGACCCUUUGGACAAGAAUGUUGUGUCUGCAUUUAGCCAAAUCAUGUUAGAAGUAAGGUUUGUGGGAAAGCUGCAAAAGUGAGUAAACUCUAAAGCAGCAAGAGUUCAAGUCUUCCCUAAUAUCUAACUGUCUGGGACUGCCUGAAAGACUUAUGGCAGCAGUAGAAUUGCAUUGCUUGCUGACUUCUCAAAGAUGAGGAAUUUCAUCAUGUUCUUUACAGUAGGUCUGGGAGGAGAUUCAGGCUGGAUGACAAGCUUAAACAAUUUUUUACAUAUAGGGGAACUAAGUUUUUGCAGUAAGUAAUGCUUAGUAACUUACAAAAAAGAAAGCAUGUUCAAAAAUUUUGGUGACUUUAUAGAUUUAGUAGGAAAAUUACCCUCAUCAUCAAACCUAGUGUUGAAUACAAACCUUUUGUGUUCAUGCUGCUUCCUUUUGGGGAGAGCGUUGACUCCUUGCUUCUGAGUAUUCUGUUAGAUUAUUUUUCAGAUGUUUUGAAUGUCACUUAGAGAUGAAUGAAAUUUUUAUUUUGACAUGUGUCCAAGAAUUCAUGACUGAAUUCAGAGAUGCUGAGCUAUGCACAAGACAGUGUUGGUUGAAUGAAAGCCCAAUAAGAAAAUGGAGAAGCUGAGACAAAUCUAGGCAGGUAAAAGACCUUCCUUGAAGUGCAGAAAUUAGAGGCUACAUAGCAAUGCUUCAUUUUGAUUCAACAUUUCCAUAAUAAAGUUCCUGUUUACACAGUGCUAAUCUAAAGGCAUUAAAAAACAGGAGAGUUGUGAAUUGCUUUUUUGUCCACCAGAGGGUAUAACAUAUAUUCUCUGAAAAUGAGUGAGCAGAGAGAAUCAGAGACUUGUCUGAUAACAGUUGAAUUAUGACAGGUUGAUCAUGAGUAUUUCCUAUGUGAGAGAGUGAAGGUCCUGCUUAGAAAAGAGGUGGGGAGGAGGGAACAAUCCAGGUCUCUAAUGGAAAAAUAGGAAGUCAUACUGCAGUUGACCCCUGACUAAAAAGUCUGUUUAAGCUUGCUGGGCUUUCUAAUUUAGCCACUUCGCAGUAAGACUUGUUGGGACUAUUGUAAUAGAAAAUAACACCUUAACUCUUUUUGUUGUACAUUCAGACCAUUUUCUAGCUGCCAGAAGCAGCUCUGUAAAUGGCAGUAUUUGUGAUUUAGUCUCUGUUCCCCCCAUCCCCUGUUCCAGUUAACCAGUUUCUGUGUGUUUCCGUACUUCAGUAGCGUUGCCCUAAUUCAUACUCUGAAUUUUGUAUGAUUUCCUGGUAAGAGUGAGUACUUUCUGUCAAUAGGAUCUAUAUUCCGUGAAAAUAGAAGCAAUUUUAAUCUAAAAAUACAGUUGUAUCUAAUGGUUACUAUGGUAGUUUGUGACCAUGGCAACAGAGGCUUAGCAUUCUGAAGAACAGGUUCGAUUUUUCUUUUUUUUCUUCAUUUUUUUUCAGUCAACAACCUAAUUAACAGUGCAAGCAUUUUGGGAAUUAACACUGACUCCUUUCUUAGCCGUACAAGAUCGUGUGGGUACAAGGGAUUUUGACAUUGUCUCACGUAAGAUUUUUAUAGAAGAGCUGAUGAAGUGUGGGCUGGAUCAGCAGACAGUGGGGUGGAGAAAAACUGGGAGAACACCCAGGCCCAGGGGGUGGUGCUCAGCCCCAAGAAGUGAACUGGGGGCCAGUAGCCAGCAGCACAGCCCAGGACUCAGUGCUGUGUCUGGUCCUGUUAAACAUCCUUGUUAGGGAUUGGAUGGUGGGGCAGAAGGUGCCCCCAGCAAGUUUGCUGAUAACACAAAACUGGGAGGCAUAGCUCCCAGUUAUGCCAGAAGGUUGUGCAGGAAGCAGCAAGAGGUAUAUAGAGUAUCUGACCCUGCAUCUCAGAAUGUAUGGAAAUCCUAAUAGGAUGAGACACUCUUUCAGUCUCUGUCAGUCUGAGUGUCUUUCUGAUCUUGAGAAAGGGGAGGUCUUUUAUCUUCAGCAUCAUAGGUGGAGACUUACAGACUGAAAAAAGGUCUGGGACAUACCAGGAUGUUACUGUAGGAAAGAGAAAUAGAAUUUAGAAUGGGGCUGGGGAAUUUAUAUUGUCAGACUUUGCUUAAAAAAAGAAAUAAAAUUCUAUAUGUUUCUGUUCUAUUUUUCUGUCAUAUGAUUAGAGUUAAAUAAACAAUAUUGUGCUUUCUGGCAAGUGCUAAAUUUCAACUCCAAGUUGUGGAUUGCCCUGAUUUAGUAGAAACCCCAAAAACAUAUUGCAUUAUAGGAAACAGUAAUAAGUGAGAGAGUUGUAUUUAUAAUAAUAUAUUCUUGAGGGAGGUAGCAACGGACACUUAGGACUAAGCCUUGUAUUUAGGGAAUGGCUGUCUCUGCCAGCAUAGAGCUUUACAUCAUUUUAUGAUUCUAUGAAAUGUAAAGGCUCUCUACUGGCAACACUCAAUGUCAUUUUUAUAAGGAAAUGUGCUGGGUAUAUAAGUUUAGCUAAAGCCAAAUCACAAAAAUUUCCAAGCUUUCUCUUUUUUCCUAGGCCCUGGUGGGGAAUCUAGCAACUGAACGGAAAUUACAGCAUUGCUGCUGUCACUUGCUAAUUUGCAAUGUGUAUCUUAAAUUAAAUAGAAUCUAGACUGUAUUUAAAAGCCAAUUUUUGUAAAAGCCAGCUGUUGUGACCGUUCUAUAUUUGUCACAGGGGUACAGUAACUGAUCAGUGGAACCACCUUAGUGCUCAAAGGCUAUUGCCUCAGAAAAGGGAAACAGAAAAGACCAGCCCUAUCUGAACUGGUUCAGCUACUUUAGUCUCCUGUCAGAUACUGCUCAGUCUAUCUGCUCACCUACGGGCAGUCUGGAAUUAACACACACAUUGGAAAAGCCUCUUCCUUGACACUAUCACCCUUUCAGUCAUGCUCCGAAGUGCAGUGAUGCUAAGUGACUGGAUUAUUGGGGUGUUCUGGGGAGAGGGAGUGGUUUAUUUAUUUCACUAGUUUUUUGUAUAGUCAUUAAAAGUUUGGUCACUUGAUGCUGUAACUUAAAUGUAGAAACCCUAAGGCAUCCUAAUCUCAUGUUGUGCUUGCUUUGUUACUCAAACUCUUUCUAGCUAUCUUUUUACAUUCUCUUUUGUGAGGACCAUGGAUUCUCUCUUUGUUAUCUUGCUCUUUUGCUUUCAUGUAUUUUCUCCUGUUUCAAAUGACCUGUUGUUUUUCUUCCAUUUCUCCCAGGAAUAUGGUUCAAAAAGUUUUAUUGAUGCAUAUGUGCUUUCAUUCCACAGGGUGGCAGAUAAUCCUUACUUCUCAGUUAUUUUGACAUUUUUGCUAGAAGCCACUUUCCUGGCCAACUUCCCCUCCGAGGUGUAAGGGCCAUGAACCUGUAAAUACUGUCCUUCUGCUGGGGCUAAAGGGUAUUUGGAAAAGCUGAUUAUGUUGUGGCUGUUCAGGCUGUUUCAACUUGCUGAAGAUUAUAGUAGCUGACAAGACAAAAAAAGCAUAAUCCAAUUGCUAAAUUUUCAAUAUUACAUAUUACUGCUGGUUUAUAUGGGUGUCUCUUGUAAGAGGUGCUCCAGGCAAAACUGAACACAAGUAUAUGGUGGCACCUCUCGGCAAAGGUUGUUUUGAUAGAGGCUUAGUUAUUGGUGUGGGUGGGGGAGAGAGGCUCUGAAAUUUAUUUGCUCGCUUUUUGCUUCCAGUUUAUUUUGACAUAUAAAAAGUCUUGGAUAAUUUCUAUUGAAACUUUUAUGUGUCAUUAGAAUAGGUUUAUAGGUUUAUGAGUUGCAGGUAGAGCUUUUUGUCCUUUACUGUCAAGUUUACAUAGUUUCUUCCCAUUUUUCAUCCCCAGUUUCUUAUGUUGAUGACUUGCAUAUUUUUCCUUAAAGGGCUGCCAUUUUGUUAUCCUCUCAAACUGUGCUCCUAAAUAAAGAUACCAAAAAUCAUACAGAGUCCUGCUGUUUCUGCCAGGUAAAAAUCAAGGCAAGUCUUGAGAAUCAGAUUUGUCCUGGCUUUGUUUACUCACUUAGAUGUUGUCUCUUGAUUAGGUUGUGUCCACUUGGCAGCUGUUAACUGAGGACUUGGAUUUAUAUCACAAGUGUAUUUGUUAAGUGGCCUUUUUGCUGCUGCAGGUGCAGAUCACUGCAGAAUCAAAUGCUAUUGCUGAUGUGUGUCUAGGACACCUACCUAAACUGCAACUGCAGAUAAUUCUGGGGAGGAUAGAGGGUGAAAAGAAUGUGUAUACACAGUUAAGAGAAUGGUGAAUAUCUGUAUCUGGGUGCCUGGGCAAAAGUAUGAAUGUUUAGUCAUCGCUACAUAGCUUCUAUACCCAGGCAUGAAAUAAUAGAUCGGUGACGAAAUAAUUGCAGUCCAGGUAGCAAGAACUGCAAGAGCUUGCUGAAAAGCCGCAGACAGCAGACACAGACCAUGUGUGAAAUUUCAAGAAAAAAAGUGGGCUGCAAGAAGAAUUUUCUGUGGUUAUUAUCAACAGUUGGUCCUUCACCCACCUUGCUAGUGAAUAAAGUGGGUAGUCAGGGCUAGCACUUGUAGUGGCCGGGACAAAGGAGGAAUUCAGCUAGCAGGGUUCUGCUGGUGUCUUUCUACUUUGUGUUUUGUGUAGUGCUGAGCUUGAGUUGAUGAGUUGGUCUCCAGCAGGAACUUAGUAACAGCAGUCAUGGACUGAGUCUGUUUUUUACUGAGUUAAAGAUUUUUUUUUUUUUUUGGUCUUUUUUUCCCCCCAAGUGUGGUUUUCCAUUGGACUCUUACCUAGGUGGAGCCUUUCUUUUUCCCCCUCCUUGCUGUCAGUUUUUCCUGCCAGUGCUAUGACUGUCAAACCUGCCAGCCUUCCAGCUGCAUGGAUGUCCUCAUGGAGGAGGCAGAUUUGCUGCUGCUUGUGUUCCAGCCAGCUCAGAGUUGAUGUUCCCACCCCCAGCAGUCAGAAGCUGAAAUGUUUUUGUAGUAAAGAGAAGGUGUUUGUCUGUAGUUCUGGGCAUAUGGAAAAAAUAUGUGGUUAUUUUGCUCUCUGUGUAUGUCCACUUUUUUAUGUAUCACCCCUUUUCCGUUAGGACAAGUGUCUGUUAACAUAAGCGCUGUGCACUCAAACAUGGUACAGCAGCACCUGCCCUGUGCAGGGUGAUGACAGGCACAGUUAAUGAGUUGCACAGGUUUGGAGUUUGAUUUUGCCUGUUUGUUAGGACACUGGCAAAUCUUCGAUUUCAGCCUUGUCUCAUGGGCUAGCAAGGCUCAAGUGCAAAGUACCGCUGAAUUUGUGAGUUGUAGGUAAUUGGUUAGAGAUGAUUGACAAGCAGCUUUGUCUGCUUGCACAGCAAUGGAGAUAAUCCUUUUCGAUCCCAGAGAUUAUAUGGUCAGAGGCAUUUGUCCUGGUUUAUGUUGUUGACUCACUAGUGCUGUCAUUAUUCAACAACGUGGAUAAUCAUGAGACUUUGCAGCCACUUCCAGCAUUCACUGGGAGAUGUGUGCAAUUCACAUCAACUCUACUUCCCGUGGAGGGAGAAUGCAACUACCUGUCUAGUUUGCUUGCUUUUCUGCUGGUCCGAAGGGGGGCGAUUUGUGUUCUUCCUAGGAUAUAGAAACCAUUAAAUUGUUUCUGAAUCAUAACUGUAAUUUGGCUACAUAAAACAGGGAUCAAAAUGAAAACAAAGAUACAAAGCAAUUGUCUUGAGUACAGUGGGUUUGUGCUCCUGCCUUUAGUUUGACAUGUGAAACCAGAUCUCAUGUUCUUUCUAAUGGACCAUGCUACAGGGGAUGAUCAGUGAAACACAUCUCUUAGUCUACUGGCUAAGUGGUAGUACAGGGGUACAACACUAUAUCCAUGGUGUUCUGGCUUUGGCCUUAAAGAUGUGUGUGUAUUAAUCAUUAUAUUUCAUAUAAUUGUGCCCAGCCAUUUGGCUGCUUUUUGUCUAAUUAUUUGGGUUUGCUUGUGUGUACUUCAUGAAGAGUUUUUCUUGGAUGGUAUUUAGUGCAAUUUUGAAAUGGGUAUGUGAAAAGGAUGCAAGAUUUCUAUGAGAAAUGAAGAAUUAUUUUGGGGAGUGUCUGUUCAAACCCUCCAAACAGCUCUUGCACAUGUUUUUUUAUUAGUGAACUAGAAACCUGUGCUAACUAUGGACAAAUAAACACAGCUUUUUAGUUAAAAUUUUAUUCUCGUAAUCUGAAUAAAUUCUUCAGCACACAAACUAAAUAACUGUGAUUAUACGUUCCAAAACAGUUUUCUUGAUAGACAGUACAGGAGCAAUGGUGUUUCAGUAGGAAUGCAAGCAUGCUGUUGCUAUGGAGCUUCUGCCAUCAUUAUAGUAAAAGACACUGCAAAUGCUGCCAGCUUGCAGAAGCAGCAGUCAUAACCUUAAUUGAUUUUUACAGAAUUCUUUAAUUAUAUGUUCUAGCAGUGGAACAGGAGAAACAGUCCCACCAGAGUAAUUUAGAUUCUUCUCAGAAAGUGAGCUAACUCAUGUGCCAAGAUUUAUGGUAAAUUUUGAUGCAACAAGAAGGUGAAAGCCAGAAGCAGGGAAAGAUCAGCUCAUCAAUCCACAUGUAGGUACAACAAAGCCAGUGACCAGGAGGAACAUACAUGGAUUGAAUGAAGUCACUGUACAUAGAUGUACAUGUCUCCCAGAAGACACCUAUCCUGAAGAAGUUACUUAAAGGGAGAUGUUAAACUCUUAGAACUAUGAAGUCUGGGAAAUCCUGACCUGUUUAGAACUACUCAAAAUAGAAGAAAGAAGUAAUUUAAUACUUUUUUUAGUUUAAGUUAUUGUUUUAACCCUGAUUUAACCCUAUCACUCCUAUAGUGCAUACAUCUCAGUCAUUCAUCUCAGAUGGAUUUGUGGACAUAGAAGAUAUUUUACUAAACUUGAUAUACCUAAACUUUUAAAAGUCCUCCUAAAUACACUCUGAUUUUAAUUUUAUGCAUUUUGCCUGAAUCUUUUUUUUUUUUUUUUGGUCCAGAAGUGUUUGGUAAUGAACACAGACUCCUUAAAAGUAGAAUGACCUCCUUUCUGCAUGUGUUAUGCAAGUGAAGAGAGCAUACAAUGAUCUUUUCCUGCUGACAUAAUAUAUAUAUAUAAAAUAUUGAUCCAAUAGUUUCUUACUGUUCAGUACAUCUUGUUUUCUAGAAUUCUUCCCAGGUGAUUUAAGACCUUAUUUCUUCUUGGAAGACAGUCCUUUCAAGUUAAUUUUCCUUUUUAAUUCACUUAUUGCCAUGAUUUUCCUUUAACAUUCUGAUUAUGUCCUCCUGUACCAUAAUUUAGCUGUUAGAUAUUGUAGAUUCCUUUGAUUUUCCUAUCUACAUUCAACAGCUUUUACAAUGCAUAAUAAUAUGCAGUACUUGUGGAUUUCAUGUAUGAUUUACUAAUGACUCUGAAGUGUAACAGUUUUUGAAGUAUUCUACUCCAUUCCUUUUCAACAACACUUCUGUUAUCUCUGUAGGUCUUUCUCAACAUAACUGUUACCUUGGAAAAUUAAAAAUCUGGAUAUAUAUAUAAUUAAAUAUGGUAAAAAUUCUUAAUAAAAUUGCUCUGUUCCUUUCCUCUGGAAUUCCUUUUGAGGGAGCUAAAAGUAUAUAAUUUCAUGUCAUAUAUAAUAUGCAUACAGUGCACUUACCCCAGUAUUCUCAGAAAUCAUCAUCUUUCAUGUAGUAGGUGCUUACUAUGUGACCAAAGCCUAAAAGUCCAUAUAAUGUCUCCCUUGGUGUCUGUGGGUGCAUCACUGGCCUCUCUUAUGCAGUAAAUUGUGUCCAUUUGUUCUUAUUUACCUGUAUUGAAUGCAUAGGACUUUGACUCUUGUUACUUUCAUAAAUACGUUUUUAUGUUUAAAACACAUUUACAGAGAAAUAGCUCAACUGGGAAUAAUGUUUUAAGGGACUGGCUGCUGCUUACCACUGAAUGCCAUGAUUUCCUUUGUCCCUGUUCUAUUUUACUGUUUGACUGUGAACAGAAGGAUGACUUGCACCAGCAGAAUCCCUUGCACACAGGACACAUUGCUGCCC